AUGGUCACCAAGAAGACAGUCACCGAACUCAGCCUGUUCGCCGGUCUCAUCGUGUCGAUGCACGUCGCCUACUACACCAUCCAGAAUAACCCGUCGCUCGUGGCACCGCAUCAGAGACAAGAGCUCUUCUACGUGAGAUGGCUGAAAGAGAAGAUUCCAGCAUUGCGACCAUACGGAGUGACCGAUGAGCCACCGAAAGCUGACCACUGA